CCAGUUAUUAAAUUACUCAAAAAUGCUUGAAUGUUAAGGGAUGAAGAUAACUACUGAACUGGUGACGAUGGAAGCCCUACGAGGCGACCACUAAUGCUAGGCUGUGUGUGUGGAACCGCAGCAGGAGCCACAGCAGGGAAAGGUUUACUGCCAGACACUACACAGUCUUCGGCACGUAUAGUCCCGGCUGAGUUAUAAAAGAAGUGACUUUUAAUUACCGAUUUCAACAAAGAAUAUCAACAUCGCCAAGAUGCUCGUCGCGGAGUGCCCUUAGUGACCGCGGGAAGACGAAGAAAUGACUCACGGUGUGUCAUGGGAGUCAUGAGUCCGAACGCUAUGACUCGAAGGGUUGGUAAUAAACCCAGAUGUACACAAUGGUGACGUAAAUAAAGACUGUGUGUACUUAAUGUCCAAAUAAUCUUUCUUCGCUCAAUGUCCAAACACAAAGGAUUUAAUGAAAUCAUCAAUAGAAGUCAAGAUGAGUUGGGCGUUCGGAGCCUCCAGCACCUUGAAUUCAUGGCUGCUGCGGACCCUCUGUCUCUUCUGGCUGCUGUCUUCAGUGCCCCCAGAUUCCACUAUGGGAGUCUCUGGUGGCGGCGUAUCGCGAGCCGCUGCAACGGGGGAGGUGAAUCCUGAAGUAACGAAUAGACUUCAUCAAUACGAUCAAUUUAUUGCCGAGGUCGCCGCCAUACUCGAGGGAGACAGUGCAGCUGAAUCAAUGUCCACACAGAGGGGGGACACUCGCGACUCAACCACCACGCUUAAAACAACCAUACCUGAACCAGUCACAAUACGAAUGACAACCAUCGCGCCAGAAUUAGACAUGGAUAAGGGGCACACUACAUCAGAAACGAUCACUAUAUCCCAAAACACUGCACGAGAUUCGGUCACUUCAUCGAAACCAGACACUAUACCAGAACCAGUCACCACAACCAGGACAGACACAACACCACAGUCAGUCACCACAACUAUUAUAAACCAUGUGGAAUUAACAACACUCAGCAAAGACAUCCUAAACGUGACCAAAAUGCUGGACCAACAACAUUAUAGUGAGCCUGAAAUCAACGUAGAGAAAAACACUACAGAUGUACCCGGGGAACAAAUCCCGGAAAGUGAAGGUGAUAGUGACACAAUCGUGGAAAACACCGAGAGGAUGGUGAUUAGUGUAGUGAAAAGAGACACUCUCGCGCUAAGCCAUCGGGGGAGGAGGAGGGAGAGGGAGAGGCUUUACACGGAAAUGAUCUUGCACGACUCGACGGCGUCCAGGAGAGUCAGGCACCGCAGGCACAAAAACGCACAAAUGGCAACCAUCAUAAACGACCAGAAUGAGAUUCCGAACGAUCUGGCAUUUUCAGAACUUGAGAAGGAAAUGACAGACGAAGGAUACCACUGGCAGGAUUUCGUCGCACCGAGCGAGGGGACGGAUCACAACAUCCAGACAAAUUUAUUUAUGUCACCGAUCGGAGGAACUCAUCCAGAAAACUCACCAAAACUUUCCGUUCCUACAGAUUAUGUCCCACUUCAUCUUGAUAAUCAGCAGUUCCUCCUUGCCCCCGAGCCGUCGAGCGAACAGUCGGGGAAAGGCCCGCCGAUGCAGUAUCCUCUGAUCAAGAGACGGAAGCCCAAUUUCUAUUCAAAAUUGAGCGUUGCUGACAGGGAGACAUAUAUGAGAAAAAUGAAUUUCAAGGGAUAUGAAAAGAAGCAAGAAACCGAGGCUGAAAGCUCGAGGUCAGUAAUUCAAAGUGACGUUGACGACAUACCAAAUGAACUUGGUUUUACAGAAAGUGACAGUUACUUUGAGAAUGACCUGAGUAAUUACAUAGGCUCGCCAGUGACUAUGUCAAACGUUGUGCCUCUCACACAGAUAGAGUCCCCGACAUUCGCUCCAAAUUCACAGGUUUCUAGGCCGGUGGCAACCAUAUCUACCACUGAAGCCCCGCCUGGCGUACGUAUGACAACUGUACCCUCCAGCACUGCCUCAGUUACCAUACCGGUGAACGUACGACCUUCCACAACAAUAACAGCAAAUGAGGCGACAGUGGCUACAACUGAAACUUUGCCAACAUCUUUAACAACAAUAACUUCGACUAACGCCCCGCCAACUUUAUCUUCUGAUAUGGAUGGAGUAAUCGCGGGUCCAUCUUACUCGGAAAACAUAUCCACAACCAGUACUACAACAGUUGACAUACUUGUGGAUUCCAACACAACUCUAAAAACUACAGCUCCUCGGUCAAUCACUACGACUCCUCCUUCUAUUUCCACAAUGGUUCCCAAAGGAAACGAAACCGGAAAUGAAUAUUCUGAAGAAGACGGGGUUCAGACAGGCACGGAUGAAGCGGAGUCCGAAGCAGAAACGGACCAAAAGUCUUCGUCUGAGAAGGAGAAAGACACGAGCUUUUUGGUCCCUGCUUUCAUACCUGCUAAGCUUCCCUUCGGCCCAUUCAUACCUAACAGGAAGAAGACAAAGAACACAAGAAUGAAAACAAAACUCUGGGGAGUCAUGCCCAAAAACAAGGUGUUUUCGAUGUACCCAGACGGGAAAGAAAACGGUAAGAAGGCUGGAGACUUUAUGAUCAACGUUCUUUCACCUCUUUUUGGGCUGGGGAAACAAAAAAUCGCGAUCAAAGAAUCGCAAAAUCCUCCUAGAAUACGACAAUGAGAGGAGCCACAAUGAGGAGCUUUACAACAGCAUUGGAGGCUCAUUUAUGCCGACCAUCGACGAGGAGGUCGAGCGCCAAACCACGGCUUACCCAUACAUCCCCUUCGUGCGCCA